AUGUCGUCGUUCACGCGGAACCUCUUCCUGCACGACCUGCUGUACCUGAGCUACCACGGCGGCCUGCGGUGGGAGACCAAAGGCUACAAGGAGGUCGAUGGGCGGCAGAACAGCAUGGUGCACGUCCAUCACUACCUUUUGCACCCUAGCAAGGCCGAGAUUAGCCAGGCUCUGGCUGAAGUCUACGAGUAUGCCGUAGAGAACGUCGAGCUGUGCGAAGUUAUGGAGCCCGCCGACUUCUUCGCCGAGGCCAAAGCGUGCUGGGAGUGCUCGCAGGACAUCGACAACGAGUCCUUUUGGAGAUUCACCUACAAGCUCUUCCACGCCCGAGAACUGUACCUCACCUUCGUUCUCGAUCCCCAUGUCGAGCCCAAGGGCCACCCCCUUGUCCAAGCCCUGGACAACUUCCGGGACAACCAGGCCAACAUCGAGCAAGUCGAGGACAUCAAGUCCAAGAACAAGGAGGUGGAGGAGAAGUACUUCGAUCCCAACCUGACCCACGCGCACGGCGAGGGCGACGGUGACGACAAACGAGUGGUCACCAUAGUCGAGAACGAAACCGACAACCCCGGCAUGGACAGCUAUAUCGGCAUCGUCCCGGCGCGGAAGCAGCCAGAGGAACUCUUCUUCUUCGACCUCGGCCCGCCGCGCCCGCCGCGAUAUCGCGACGGAUACUUUGAAGCCAAGGCUGCUAAGGAUGCGAAGGCCAGAGCCGAGGAGGCGCGCAAGAAUGUGGUGGUGGAUCAGGACGCGGUCUUGGACGACGACGAUGACGAUGUGAUGAUGGACAUCGACAGCGACGACGAGGAUGACGAUAUGGGCGGUAUCAUCGAGGGAGUUCAGAAACUCCACUAA